CCACACUCCCUCAGUCCUUCCAGCCCCCCUCUUUCCCCCUCCCUUCUUACUUCGCUCCCUCCCACCCCUCACGCGCAUAUUAACUCGCGGCACGGCCGAGCUCAGGUUGGAGUAACGGUGUUCCUUGGGAAAUGAUGCCGGCGGUCGAAGUUGCCGAAAUCGGGCUGUUCUGCGCGCUACUGGCCGCCCUGGUGCCGGGGAGCUAUCCCGAACUGGUUACUCUCGUGCAGGAUACUGUCCCACCAGAAACUCCCCUGCUGAAGCCGAAGGUAAUGAUCGCGAUCCUGGCUCGCAACGCGGCGCACAGCCUUCCACAUUACCUGGGCUGUAUCGAGCGGCUGGACUAUCCCAAGGAUCGGAUCGCUAUCUGGGCUGCGACGGACCACAGCCUGGACAACAGCACGUCCAUGCUGCGUGAGUGGCUGAAGAGGGUGCAGGGCCUGUAUCACUACGUGGAGUGGAGGCCCCUGGAGUUGCCGCACUCCUACACGGACGAGUGGGGACCGAAGCACUGGUCCAGCUCGCGCUUCAGCCACGUGAUGAAGCUGCGGCAGGCCGCGCUGCGGGCCGCCCGGGAGCGCUGGGCCGAUUACGUACUGUUUGCAGACAGUGAUAACCUCCUGACCAACCCGCGGGUUCUGACGCUGAUGAUGGCGGAGAACAGGAGCCUGGUGGCUCCUAUGCUGGAGUCCCGGUCGCUCUACUCCAACUUCUGGUGCGGCAUCACCCCGCAGGGGUAUUACAAGCGCACGCCGGACUACCAGCCCAUCCGGGAGUGGAAGCGGCUGGGCUGUUUCGCGGUUCCCAUGGUGCACUCCACCUUCCUGCUGGACCUGCGCCGGACGGCCACCCAGGACCUGGCCUUCCACCCGCCCCACCCCGACUACAGCUGGGCCUUCGAUGACAUCAUGGCCUUCGCCUUCUCCGCGCGGCAGGCGGAUGUGCAGAUGUACAUCUGUAACAGAGAGCAUUAUGGGUUCCUGCCGGUGCCGCUGAAGCCGCAGCAGAACCUGGAGGAUGAGGAGGAGAGCUUCUCCCACACCAUCGCCGAGGCCCUGAUUGACCACAGCAUAGAGCCCUCGCAGUACCUGUACACCCCGCCCAAACCCCAGGACAAAAUGGGCUUUGAUGAGAUCUUCCUGAUUAAUCUGAAGCGGCGUCUGGACCGCAGGAGCAGGAUGCUGAGCACGCUGGGCAUGCUGGGUAUCCAGGCCACGCUGACGGAUGCGGUGGACGGCAAAGCUCUGAACACGUCUCAGCUGCAGGCGCUGGGUAUAGAGAUGUUGCCGGGAUACAAAGACCCGUACUCCGGCCGAGUUCUGACCCGCGGGGAGAUCGGCUGCUUCCUCAGCCACCACUACACCUGGACACAGGUUGUGGAGCGGGGGCUGGAGAAGGUUCUGGUUCUGGAGGACGAUGUGCGCUUCGAGCCCAGGUUCAAGAAGCGGCUGAUGACCAUCGUGGAGAACGCCCAGCUGGCCAACCUGGACUGGGAUCUCAUUUACGUGGGGCGGAAGCGCAUGCAGGUGCACCAGCCGGAGCGCUCGGUGGAGGGCGUGAACAACCUGGUGGAGGCGGACUACUCCUAUUGGACGCUGGGCUACGCGCUGUCGCUGCAGGGGGCCAGGAAGCUGCUGCAGGCCCGCCCCUUCGGCAGGAUGCUGCCCGUCGACGAGUUCCUGCCGGUCAUGUUCAACAAGCACCCCAAGUGA